CAUCCAAAAUUUGUGAAACUAUAACCCACCUAAUUUCUAAACACAAAAUUUUAAAGAAAAAAAAAUGCCUUCUAAGUUCUCUUCUAAUUCUAAUUCUUUGUCUCGUUCAAUUUUGAAUCGAAGAAGUUUUUAUGUUUUUCUUGUUCUUAUCUCUCUAUCCAUUUUCCUGUUUGUCUUUUCAAUGAAGUAUCAAAGAAUUGAUGUUCAUGAGAACACAAAACCGUCUUGGUUCGAGUUUAUAGCACAAGAUUUUCAUAGCAAAGCAAAGAUAAAGAUUGGUUUAGUUAACGUCAAUCCAAGAUCAAUGGAUGAAAAACUAUAUGCAAUUCGAUCGCGGGUAGAUAUUGUACCUAUCGAUUUCGAUCGAGUUGAUGAGAAUUUGAAAUGGAAUGACUUUUUUCCAGAAUGGAUUGAUGAGGAAGAAAGAGUGCAUAAGCCCAAAUGCCCAAACAUGCCUAUGCCAACUUUAAAGAAUUACAAAGAUCUUGAUGUUGUGGUGGCUAAGGUUCCAUGUGGGGUGGGAUCAAUGGAGGAAAAAGGGAUUAGAGAUGUUUUUAGGUUACAAAUAAAUUUAGUGGUGGCUAAUUUGGUUGUGGAAGCUAAAAGGCUAGAAAAUUUUGAGAGUGAUCAUGGAAAUAUGCAUGUUGUAUUUGUUGGAUCUUGUGGUCCUAUGGUUGAGAUGUUCAGAUGUGAUGACUUAUUGAUGCAUCAAAGUGAUUAUUGGAUUUACAAGCCUGAUUUGAAGAGACUCAAACAUAAAACUCUAAUGCCGGUUGGGUCGUGUCAGAUUUCUCCGAGUUAUGCAGAAAAAGGUAAAGAGAUGUGGAGGAGUUAUUUGCCACAAUCACUAGAGCACAAUAAUAGUAACGUUCAAGGUCCAAAGCUAGCUUAUGUAACUGUUCUUCACUCUUCAGAAGAGUAUGUUUGUGGUGCAAUAGCUCUUGCACAAAGCAUACUUUUAUCUGGUAAAAGUAUUUUUGAACCCAUCGAUCUUGUCCUUUUGGCUGAUGAUUCAAUUGGUCCUGAGUCCACUAGAGGCUUAAGAGCUGCAGGUUGGAAAAUUAUACGCAUUCAACGUAUUAGAAGUCCAUUUGCUAAUGAAAAAGCAUAUAAUUGUUGGAACUAUAGUAAGCUGCGUAUAUGGCAACUCACUAUGUAUGACAAAAUAAUUUUUAUAGAUUCUGAUUUCUUAGUAUUGAAGAGCAUUGACAGUUUCUUUGCUUAUCCUCAAUUAUCAGCUGCACCUAAUGAAGAUGUAUUGUUCAACUCUGGUUUGACUGUAGUUGAGCCAUCUCAGUGCAUGUUUGAGUAUAUGAUGAACAAAACAUCAAAGAUAAAACCAUAUAAUGGAGGUGAUCAAGGUUUCGUGAAUGAAGUAUUCACAUGGUGGCAUAGAUUACCAUCAAAAUUAAACUACAUGAAAUCAUUUAAGAAAAUUGGUGAUAAUAAACAUCAGAUACAAGAGGGUGUGUACACUAUACAUUAUCUAGGUUUGAAACCAUGGAUGUGUUAUAGAGAUUAUGAUUGUAAUUGGGAUUUGCAAGAUCAUUAUGUGUAUGCCAGUGACUCUGCCAAUGAAGUUUGGUGGAAAAUUUAUGAUAAUAUGCCAAAACAUCUACAAUCAUAUUGUGCAAUGACAAGGAAAUCAAAUAAAAAUUUUGUGUGGAACAGGAAAUUAGCAAAAAAUGCUAGUUUGCCUGAUGAACAUUGGAGAAUUGAAGUUAAGGAUGCUAGAAAGAUGACAUAUUUAGAUUAGAAU